GUGGGAGGAAGGGGUCGGGCACUGAGCUCUCGAGGAUGCGACAGGAAAGGAACAGUUAGGAACUGAUUCAGUUCAUUGUGUUGGCCACACUGGCAGUGGAGGAAGAGGUCGGGCUCUGAGCUUAGGCGCUGCCUGCGGACGGGGGUGCCCGUGGGAUGUAUUCGUGAAGGUGGCAGUAGGGAAAGAGAGCCCUGGAGGAAUCUCCGGCCAGUUUGUCCACGACAAAGACUUGGCUGAAAGGAGACUCCAAAACCAAGGUCCUGGUUUCCUCCUUCCUCCCCAACGAGGCCUCUGUCUGGACUGCCACUGGCACCCCAAGGGAGCUAGGAAAGCUGCCCCUUCUGUGAGCAGAAGAGCCAAGAGCCCAGCACUGCGGGGACUCCACGCUGCCCUCAGUCCAGGCGGAGCCCGUGCGUGGUCGAGGCUACCUAGAGGAGGGGCCCCAGCUGCAGAGGUGACGUGGCCGAGCACUGAUCGAGAAUGAGCGCCAACGUGGAAGGCCAAGUUGAAAAGGCCCAGGCCCAGGCCCAGGCCACAGAAGAGGAGACCACAGCUCCUGAGGCAGCUCCUGGGGCAGCUGAGGCUGCUGCUGGGGCUACUGCUGGGGCUACUGAUGGGGCUGCUGCUGAGGCUGCUGCCGGGAAUGCUGAGGAGGCUGCUGCUGGGGAUGUUGCUGGGGCUGACGCUGGGGCUGCUGGGGCUGAUGCUGGGGCUGGCGCUGGCGCUGGGGCUGGCGCUGGCGCUGGCACUGGCGCUGGGGCUGCUGGGGCAGCCGUGAGGGAGGGGGCUCCUUUUCAGAUCCAUCAGAUGGAAGAGGAGCAAAUCCAAGCCGUGGUCCAGCAGCUGAUCGCCUUAACUGUGCGGAAGAAGGUCCUCCAGGGAGAUGGGGAGAAAGCCACUGGCAAGGAGGCAGCGGCCGAGGCCUUCCCAGGGAGCCUGACCCCCUGGAGAUCCGACCCUCUGCUGCCGAGGCAGAAUGAAAAAGAGAAGAAAGACAGGAGGAAGUAUGACCGCCAAGGCAGGCUGCUUUGCAAUGGCGUUGACCUGUGCGACUGCCUCGUGGCCGAGUGCCCGGGCUGCUUCUACCCAUGCCCCAAGUGCAGCUCCCGCAAGUGCGGGGUCAAGUGUCGCUGCAACCGUCGCUGGGUGUACAGGAAGACCGAAAAUGAGUGUGGCGAUGUGGUCAGUGCCUUCCCAUUCGACUAUCCUGACUAAGGGCGGCCCAGCGCCCGCCACGCUUGGCUCCCUUCCCUCUGGAGGGCCACAGUGGCUGCUCUUGUGCUGAGUCGUAGGGCCUGCCCAAGGAGCUGCACUGGCUCUAGGGAUGAGGGAGCCUACCAGGGCUGGGCAGCACAGGUGUCCCCUCCAGGGGAGUGCUUGCAAACCUCACCUUCCAGCAGCGCUUUAGGAAGUUCUGGCAGAGGAAGGAGAAUGAGGCCUGCCUGCCUGCCUGCCUGCCUCAGCAUCCUCCCACCUUUGCUUCUCCCUAGAGUCACUGCAGCUCUAAGCAGGGGGCUUCCCCUAUCUCCUGUUCUAAUUAGCCCUCGCAGGUUCACUAACCGACAAACAAGCGAGCACGCUGGCUCUUUCUUUCCUCUUGAGUUGUGGCUCUGUGCUGUCUUUCUGGUCCUUUUCUCCCAUGUGGCUAAUCUUUCCUGUUGAGUUGUAGGAGAUGAGCUGUUCAGCUUUGAGAUGGCUUCAGAGAUCACCUGGAUGUGGAUCAUUUGUGUAAUAGUGUUUCAAGGAAAAUAAAAGCUGUUUGUAGAUUCAAA